AUGGGAGACAAAGAGCCUGGAUUGCCCGGCGACAAAAGCGACGGCCAGGAUAUCCCUCCUAAACCUGGCCGUCGCGAUUCCAAUCACCCCGCCGAGCCAUCCCUUUCGAGCAGAAUCCAAUCUUCGGCCUCCGGCCUCGUGCAAAGCGCCCUCAACACCCGUUCGCCUGCUCUCGGCCACAGCCUUUCUUCAGGCCUCUCGAGAAGCCUAGCGAAUUCUGACAAACCCGAUUCUUCGUAUGGCCGUGCUUUUUUGGCCGGGGAAUCAUCCGCGCAUGGUGCGAUAAAUGAUUUGCAACCGUCAAGUCGGCAACAUGCGGCGUCGGCGUCUGGUGCAAACGCAGUGCGAGGCGGGGGCGUACAUUUCGAAUCAUUCCGAUCGAGCUACAUUUCCGCAGCUGACCAAGAGAACGUUGAGCUGCUCAAAUCUUUUGAAGACCAACUGAAUAUAGAGGCGGCGUUAUCAUCACCGGAAUCCCACACCGGAAAAGGCAAAGGCAGAAUGACCACCCAAGAAACAACAGAUCUCCAUGCCAAACCCAGCGCCCUCUUUGAAUCCGCCUGGACCCAGCCCGCAUCCCCAACAGUCGAUGGCUCCGCUGUCCUCUCCCUCCUUUCCGACCCUUCCUUCGACCCUCUAACCCCAUCCUCCGUCCCUCCGUCUCCCACCCUCGCCCCAACCGCCAACACCACGACCACCACAGCUGCACCUCUUUCCAACCCUCUAUCGCCCCUCUCACUUCUUCCAGAUAUCCAAUCCCUCCUCUCCCUACCACCGGACGAACUCGACUCCAUCCCCACGGUUUCCGAAUGGCUCGACCUUGACGCCUCGUACACGGAUUCCGUCUGGGGUGGCAUGCUCAAGACAUAUACAGAGGAGGCGAGGAAGGAGGUUGAGGAGCGGAAGGAGACCGGUGCAGACGCGGAUAUGAGUGAUGGUGGUGUUUAUGGAGGGCCAGCCGUGAGAAGGCUGGGGAUGAUACUGGCACAUUUAAAGGACAAGAACGCCGCUGCGUAG